AUCUGUGUAAACUGUAAAAGUGGAAGUUGUUAUAAGAAGCCUCUCUUUUUUCUCAUCGGUUGCUGUGUGUGGUAGGCUACAUGUGGUCCCGCCUCAAUAUGACUUGACACAUAUAAGGAGUCUUCAGAGCACACAGUUUUCAUUGACCUGUCAGGCUUUGACCAGACUUACUUUUGCUGCAGACACAUCCUCAUCUGACUGAAGAGCUUUGAGAAAGGUCUCAAGACAAGUAUGGAUAUGACCACUACCCCUUUCUAUGACGACAAUGCAACAGGUGCAUCAGAUGAAAAUUACUCUGAUGGCAAGUAUUACUCAGAUUAUAACAACUUUAAUGAGCUGACAAAGUCUUUCCACACCCUAUCUGCCAUUAUUUACUCCCUGGCCUUCAUUCUUGGUGUGCUCGGGAAUGGAGUGGUUAUCUGGGUGACCGGGUUCAAGAUGAAGAAAACAGUUAACACAGUUUGGUUCCUCAACCUCGCUGUGGCCGACUUCCUCUUCACAGCAUUCCUGCCCUUCACUGUGACGUACGUGGCUUUGGAUUUCCACUGGCCCUUCCGUAACUUCAUGUGCAAACUGAACACCACUGUGACCUAUCUAAACAUGUUUGCCAGUGUCUACAUCCUGGUGGUGAUCAGUGUGGACAGAUGUGUGUCUGUGGUGUGGCCCGUCUGGGCCCAGAACUGCCGAAAUGUGCGCAGGGCGUCCUGUGUGAGUCUGGGUGUUUGGGUACUGGCUCUGAUUUUCAGCGCUCCAUACUUCAUCUUCAGGGACACUGAGCAUUAUCAUGAUGAAAAAAUUACCAUCUGCUUUGACAACUUUGCUCUUUCUGAUGAUAAUAAAACACCAUCUGUGAUUCAGCUGGGAGAGUUUCGUCAUCAGGCCGUGGCCAUCACUCGCUUCCUCCUGGGAUUUGUUGUCCCCUUCACUGUCAUUGUCUCCUGUUAUUCUGUGAUAAUCCAUCGUCUCAGGAGGAGCCGCACCUUGGCCAGCCAGUCAAGUCGGUCCUUUAAGAUCAUUGCUGCUGUUAUCACCACUUUUUUCCUGUGCUGGGCUCCUUAUCACAUCAUGAGUCUAAUUGAGAUGGUUUAUUUCAUGGGUAGUGGAAGUGAAACAUUACAGCUUGUCAUUGCUAUUGGUUACCCUAUAGCCACCAGCCUGGCUUUUCUCAACAGUUGUCUGAACCCACUGCUGUAUGUGUUCAUGGGCCAAGAUUUCAAGGAUAAAGUCCGCAAAUCCAUCCUGAAUGUAUUGGAGACUGUCUUCCAGGAAGAGGAGACUCCAUCUCAUACCUACACAAACUCAGUGGUCACCAGUCGUAAUUAAAAGAAGUCCCUUUCUGAGGUAUAAGGUUGAUAUGAAUUAUGAUAUGAAUGAAAUGUUCUCUUUAGCACAAUAAAUACCUUUAUUAGUAAUCUUUACCAUAUCUAAUUAUAUGUCUAAUGUAGCACUUGCAUGAUUUUCUUAGCUUAAUUUUCCAGUGACUUUAAUUUGUUGAAAACCUCUGCAUUGUUUUAAAACAUUGUUUUAAAAACCCACUUUUUCAAAUGCAUAUGUAUCCCAUGUGUGAAACAUGUUACAUUAUGUCACAUGUAUCUAAGAUUUGUCUUCAAUGUGAUAUCUUUAAAUUAAUGUAAUUUUUUCAUUCUUAAUUUAUAGGAAAAAAAUAAAUAUUUUACACUGAAAUCCUUACUUAAAUUGUGGUUGUGGCGAUUGUGGCGACCCCUGCAGGUAUGAAAAUUGUUUUCAAGUUAGAAUUUUCCCACAGCAGAACAGAACAGAGAAAAUCUGAUUAAGACU